AGAAAAGUACCGAAGCUUUUGUGGUGUGCUCUCGUGGUCGCUUCGUGUCUCUCGGCGAUUUCGUGCUGGACUAUACGAAAGGUCCGGAAGCCGAACGAGUCGAACGGCAACAUCAUGGGGCAUCCACCUUGGCUUCUAAGAGCCUUCCUCAUCCUUGGUUUUGUCCUUUUAUCCGUUAUUUCGGCUUCGACAAAAAAAUGCAAUCUAGGUUGUCACAAAGGACAAUAUCCAAAAACAUAUCAAGAAGGACAUACCUAUAUAUAUCGUUUAGAAGGAAAGUCUGCAACAUCUGUAACGGAUUCUCAAGGCGAUGCUACUCUUAAUUUGAAGGCCAUUGUUGAAUUGACUGCAAAACCAGACUGUGUUCUACAGUUGCAACUGAAGGAUGUACAUUUGAAUGAUGCUGUAGUGUCCCUGCCGGACAUUCAGAAAUACGCUCUUCAGUUUAGCUAUCAUCACGGUCACAUUGAUACUGAUGUUUGUGCAGAACCUAAUGAUUCACAAACAUCUCUGAACAUUAAGAGAGCCGUUGUCUCUUUGUUCCAAUCAGCUGUUCAGUUGGAAUCCGGCUCUACUGUACACAGCGAGACUGAUAUAUUUGGCAACUGUUUAACGGAAUUCAAUUUCCAAAAAGAGGGUGACUCCUUGCUCGUAGAAAAAUUUAAGGAUCUUUCGAAAUGCUCCUAUCGCGAAAAUUUCAGACAAGGACUAAUCACGUCUGUAUUCGACACAUCAUCUGGUAUCAAGUCUACGCCUUUGCUCGCUUCUGAACAAAAGAUUGAACAGCGCUUUAAACAGGGUAUCUUAAAUAAGGCAACAUCUACGGAAACUUAUAAGUACAAGCCAUUUAGCAAUGGAGAAGCCGGAGCUAAAACCGUUGUUGAGACAACUUUAAUUUUUAAAGGCGAAAAAGGUGAUAAUCCACUUGCUCCAGUAUCCGUUCCCAAGUCUUUGAUUUUCGAUGUUCCACAUCCAGUCGUGAAAUCAUCAGUAGAUGAAAUUAGCAAUGCUCUCAAGGCCGUAUCGAAAGAAAAAACUGACAUUGUUCACGAAAAGGCAGCCGGAAAAUUUGCUGAAUUUGUUAAAGUACUUCGAGUGAGCAAUAAGAAGGACAUUCUUUCAGUAUAUCACAAGGUCAGUGCUGGUGCAGGUUAUAAUAAAGUUUCUGACAAGAAAAUCUUGCUGGAUGCACUUUUCCGCGCUGGUAGUGGCGAAGCAGCCGAAGUGGCCGUAGAGCUUAUAAAGAAUCAUGAACUAACCAAUCUACAGAAUUACGUUUUUUACGCUAGUCUCCCGUUGAUUCAACACGUGAACCUCCCAGCUGUCGUAGCUGUAACAUCUCUUUUAAAUCAACCCGAUUUACCUCGAAUUGGUUAUCUUGGAAUUGGACAAACCAUUGGCAAACACUGUCAAGAUCAUCCCUGUGACAAUAUUCCCGAGAUAAAGGGAGCUAUCCAUAAGAUUCGUGAAAAAGUAGGAAACGGGAGGACAAAGAGCAGAACACAAGAGAACCAAGUGAUUUCUGCUUUGAAGGCACUUGGGAAUACGCGAUUCUUGGAUGAUGCGACCCUACAGAAAUUAGCAAACAUCGCUGCUGACAAACAAGUACGUAAUAGAGUACGUGUUGCUGCUAUCGAAGCUUUGCCUACUAUUUGUUCGAUGAAAUGGAAGAAUACAGUUUUUAAUGUAUUGAAUGAUCGCGAUGAGGACAGUGAAAUUAGAAUAAAGGCAUAUCUGUCGUUGGUCAAUUGUGCCUGUCCACAUGUUGCCGAUAAAAUAAAGGAAGUAUUAGACAAGGAAACCGUUAAUCAGGUCGGAUCUUUCAUCACCAGUCAUCUCCGCAAUUUGAGAGCAUCAACGGAUCCUAACAAGGCAGCUGCUAAAAAUCUCUUGGGUCACAUCCAACCACGCACUAAAUUCCCAGAAGACUUCCGUAAAUUUUCCUUCAAUAACGAAUUGUCCUAUAAUCUCGAGGCUUUCGGUAUCGGUUCCUCUGCCGAAAGUAAUGUGAUCUACAGUCAAAAUAGUUUCGUACCGCGUUCGACAAGCUUGAAUCUCACUGCUGAAGUAUUCGGACAAUCCUUCAAUUUCUUCGAGCUCGAUACACGUGUAGAAAAUCUUGACAGAGUUAUAGAGCACUACUUCGGACCGAAAGGACAAUUUAAUAAACAUUCGGUCGAUAUAAAAGUAGCCAACGAAGCCGUCGAUACUGCCUUCGAAAUACAGAACUACAUACACAAACGUUACGAACAAUUAAAACGUAUGAAGCGUGAAGUAAAACAAGGAGAACUCGACAGAUUUGCGAAGAACGUACGCCUACGUAAUACCGAAGUCGAUGAAAACCUUAGCAUAGACUUAUCUUUGAAAUUAUUUGGCGUCGAACUCGCAUAUUUGAGUUAUCAAGAUGAUACUGAGAAAUUCACACCGAAGAAUUUUAUCGAUAAGAUUUUCGAUAGUCUUCACAAAGGAUUUGAUCUAGUUAAAGAUUUUGAUUAUAAUUUCCAAAAUCAUCUUCACUUUUUGGAUGCCGAACUGGUCUAUCCAACUGGUUUGGGUAUCCCACUUUCUCUGGGUGUAACCGGAACAAGUGUGGUUCAUAUGAAAGCUAAAGGAAAACUUGAUAUGGCAUCCAUCUUGUUAAGUAAAGAAAGCACACCUAUUCGACUUGCUCUUGAACCAAGUGCAUCGAUCAGAGUCACCGGUAGUAUGAUGCUUGAGGCAAUGGAUAAGAAUUCUGGUGUGAUUCUCGUCUCAACUCUUCAUACCGAUACAGCAGCGGACGUAUCCAUCAAAAUACUUGAUGAGUAUGGCUUGGACGUUAAUUUUGGUAUCCCUAAAAAGACACAAAAGCUUAUCAGCGUAUCUAGCGAAGUUCUAUUUACAUCUGGACCAAAAGGUGAAAAUCUCAUUUCUCCUAAAUUUAACAAGGGCAAGGAAUAUUCUGAUUGUUUCGAUCAACUAUCUUCUGUCCUUGGUCUGACUGUAUGUGGAUACAUUCAACUUCCAUACAAUGACAUUGAAUCCAUUCAAAAGAAACCCUUCUAUCCAUUGAGUGGUCCCGCUAAAUUUGGCUUAUCUAUUAAAAACAAUGAUGUAAAGAAUUAUCAUUUUAAAAUUUAUUAUAACACAAAGGUUCCGGAUGCCCGUUCCUUGGAAAUUUUAUUCGAUACACCUAACAGCAAAACGAACAGGCGAAUUUCUUUGCUCUUAGAAGGUGGUUUUCAACCGGAUAAAUACAUCAAGGCAGACCUCAAUUUACCUCUCAAAAAGGCUUCGGCUUUAGUUAUCCUGAAAAACAGACCUGAGGAACAAACAUUUUCGAUUACUGUUCACAAUGAUCUUAUCGAAUAUUCUCUUCGUGCUGGACUUCUCGCGAAUGGCAAUAAGUACAAGCCUGUAUUGGAAUAUAAAGUACCGGAACAUAUCGAAAAAUUGUCAGGCACGAAGAUUGGAGUUAAGGGUGGACAAGAUGGUCAAUUAUAUAACGUCGAUGGUAUCGUGAGUAUUAACGACCAUGAAGAUGGCAAAAAGUACACAUUUGAGAAUGUUGGCAUCACGGCUGCUGGCAGAAAGAUAAUUAGUCUUGACGGAUUCGCGGUUUCCACACUUAACAAAGCAAUCGUCGAUGUAAAACUUAGUUAUGGGGAUGAGAAUUUAAGCUUAAAAUUGGAUGGUAAUAGACUAGGUGAAAAAAAUUAUUUGGUUAAAUUGACAGCUGUGCCAUCCAGAGAUCCAAAUGUUGGAUUUAGCGCUACAUGGAAAUACCAAAGGCAACCACACGAAUUUGAGCAGAAGUUAGUUUUUAUUCACGGUGUUGAUCCAAAUUCUGAAAUCAAUCGUUUCACUUUGAGCCAACACGCUGUGUACAAAUUGAUUCCAUCUGAUUUCGUUUUAUCUGGAUAUACAAAAAUAACAUAUCCUGCUAUGAAGGCACUUUUGAAACUGGAAGGUAAAUUAACCGACGCAUCGGUUGACGGAGACGUCGAAAUAAAAUACGAAAAAUUCCAAUUUGGUUCUGAAUUGUCCGGGAAAAUCAAUAUGGUUAAAAAAGGCGACUACGAGGUCGAAUUAGAGAUUGAACUUCUGGAGAAUAAAAUUGAAUUAAAGUCGAAGCGUACGGUCCUUGAAUUAAGAAAAAAGAGCGAGUUCAAGAACUCUCUUAAACUAUCGCCAGGUGGUAAAUAUGAGGUUAAUGGUGUCGUCGUUCACGAUUUAAAUAAAAAUCAUAUUAAUUUACAAUUGGAUGGUAUUCUCAAUUUAAAUAACAAAAUUGUUACAAUUGAUACUGCUAUCGAAACAAAUUCGGGUAAUCUUAAUACCCGAGGUAUCGUUACCGUUGAUGGGAAUAAAUACCUAGAGUUCGUUCUGAAAAGUCACAGUAAUCAACAUCUCAAUGGAAACUUAAAUUUUAAUUUGAAAAACUACCUGAACGCUGUAGGACAAUUAAGCUACCAAAAUGGCAAAGGAAAUGGACGUAUUAUAAUCGAUAUUCCUAAGUACAAUCGCAAGAUCGAGGGACACGGAGAUUUAACCGUUUCUGGAUCACAAUAUGCACUUAAUGUUGAAUUGUUGUCUGAUGCAGGCAAAGAUCCAAAUAAACGCAUCAAAUUGUCAUCUUUGUCUGACAUAACAAAGACAUCGAUUGAUACAAAGAAUAUUCUUGAAGUAUUCUCAUCUAAACUAGAAUUAAACGUAAAAGGUGAACUAAAAGGUACACUACAGAACGGUGAAUUAACGAUCAAUGCUGAUACCCUUCUACCAAAUGGACGAUAUAUAGUUUUUUCCAAUAAACUAGAAUCCGACAAAAAAGAAAACAAAUACAAUAUUAAGAUGCAAUCUGAAAUAAUAGAUCACGUUACAAAAGACGGUAGUUCGCGGAAGAUAAUCUACAACGUCGAUGUUAAAGAUUUCAACGUUGAGUUGUUAAUUUUCAAUAACAAAGGACAAGUAAAGUUCAUCAAUUUUGAUGGACGUGAUGUAGUAGUUGAUAUAGGUACGAAGAAUCUUCCUAUUGAAAAUACGGAUAAAAAAACCGGAGAAGUCUACAUCAAACUAUCGGGAUCGCUUUUACCUAAACCCCUCGCAUUUGGAAUAUCCAGUGAUUAUGGCAAAAGUGACGUCACAUAUAAAGUCCAAUCAUCUCUUGGAAAUGAUUUUGAACUUACGGCAAAUGGAGAUUACGUUUUUGGUAAUAAGGUAGACAAAUCUUCCGUCUUCAAUAAUAAUGUAGAAAUAAAACUGCCGUUUGAAAAUUUACAAAAUAUCAAAUAUCAUUGCACUUCUAAACUUCUCCUUCUUGAAAACAAAAUGUUGGAGUAUUCAAGUGUUGAUGAUCUUACAUACAAUAACGAUAAAAAUAUUAAACUGAAUACCUAUGCGAAAUAUACAUGCGAUCAUAAUAACAAUGAAGGUAUUGGAAGGAUUAAGUUGACUGCUCUGCAAUUCUUACCUUUGACUAUUGAAACGACUUUCAAUAAUGCCAUCUCCGAUGAUAUGGGAAAAUGUUCUGCCUCAAUGAAAUUGUAUUAUGGUGAUAAAGGUGGAACAUUGUCUUUUGACAGUGCAUAUGCUUCUGAUCUAUCAACGAUUGACAUAAACGCUAAAGCUACGACAACUAUGGAAAAAUUGCAGAAUAUUGAUCUUCAUCUUAGUCACAAGAGUAAACCAGACAACUAUAGACAAACUGAUGCCACCUUACAAUUGGAUAAUGCUAAAUAUACAUUGAGCACUGAAAUUCGAAAAGACAAAAUAACACCGAUGAUUCACUUUACUUUAACCAGCCCACAAGGUGUGACAGAAUUAUUAUCUAAGUUUCAGAAAGUUGGUGAUAAUGAUUACACAGGUGAAUGGAAAGUAAAUACACCGGUAGGAUUUGUUAAUGCCGAUGCGCGAAUCAACUUAGAAAGUGUUGAUAACUUUUUAAUUAACAUCAACUUUGACAGCGAUAAAAUAAAAGAACGUAAGAUUCAUGCUGAGAUAGCUAAUAAGCCGACUGCUAAAACUGGAAGAAGGAUUAUCAUCACUGUCACUAGUGAUGGCAAAAAUUUAAUAACUGGAAGUACAAAUUACAAAAAGCGCCAGGAAGAAGGCAAAAUUAUUGUAGAGGGUAAUGGUAGCUUAAAAAUCGGUGAAAAUACAAGAAGUUCCUCUUUCAAAUACACUCGUCAACAAUUGACACAUGAAACUGAUGGUGAAGUUGGGGUAGCUAUAAUAUUAAAUGCAAAUUUCGGACCAUCCGCGAUUGUUGGAGAAGUCAAACUUACGAAUAAAGAAGUACACGUAUUCAAUAGUUAUUGCGAGCAAAGUAAGGAUUGUGCACAUUUCAAACUUCAAGCCACUUUGGACUCCGAUAAAAAAUCUUAUUUCAAACAACAACAAACGGUUGAAUUCAACUUGAGGAAGUUCAACAUACCUGCCGAAUUUGGAUUACAAAUUAGCACUCAAUAUCUAAAUGAUAAGUUUGAUCAUACAGCUAGUUUAUAUAUGCACUCCACUAAAGAUAAAUCUCAAUACACUUAUCAACUGUACAUUCACCCCAAAGAAGCUGCUGCUAUUCUAACUUUACCAAGCCGUGAAUUAGCACUUGUUAUAACAUUGGAUUUUCCUAAAAUUAAGCAAACUGGAUCAUACAAAUUAGAAAUUUCUUCCUUCUUAGAUAGAAAAAAUAGACCUACAGAAAAAACAUGCUUAUCUAUUAACAGCGACGUAAAUAUUGAUAAGAAUAGUUUAUCUCUUAAUGGUGAAGCCAAAUUUACAUAUCCAUCACAGACAAAGGACAUGGUAGUGAAAGGUAAACUACAUAGUAACGGCCAAAAUCUGUUGGAUGCUAAUGUGGAUAUUGAUGUUUUCGCAAAAAAAACGCAAAAAAUCAAUAUUAUAGCUAAAGUGUCAAAUCUACCAAUAACAGAGGGUUAUAAUCUAACUGGAUUUUUGCAAGUACUUAGUAAAGGUCAACAACUCAACGUCGAACAUAAAACACAUUUGACAAUAUCAAGCAAUGAAAUUAGUGCUGGUUCUAUUUUUUCAUACACGGAUGUAAAUCAGAAACCAAAGAGCAUAGUAGAAUUAUUCUCUGCUAAUCUCAAUGAAGUUCAUCUCUUGAUAACUUCUCCCAACAAAGAGAUCAUUAGAUCAGAUGCAAAAAUGGAAUUUACUAAAAACUUACAGAAAUUAAAAAUAGAAAUAGAAACUAAUAUUCUCGACGGAAAUCCUUAUGUUGCUAAUUUGGAAGCAAAAGAUUUCAAUAAUUUCAAAUUUGUUCAAUAUGAAAAGAGCAACCCUAAUAAUAAAUUAACUGCUAAUGGCCAUAUUGUACUCGGUCAACUAGCUGAAGUUCAUUCUGAUUUUUACCAAAACAACAAAAAGAAUAACUUAUUCCACAUCUUAGUACAUCUUGAUGAAAAUAAAUUUUUGAAACCUGAUUUUGAAUUUAACAAGGAUAAUCUAGAACAUGUAGUGGAUUACACCCGAAAUCGUAUCCUUAAUAUAGCAAAACAAAUGAAAGAAACUGCUACCGAUAUAGCUAAGGAAACUGUAACUGAGCUCAAGGAUCUAUUAGAACAUGCUAAGAAAGCUCAACCAAAUAUACAAAUACUUUUGGACUAUUACUCUAAUGAAUUAACUAAAUUUAAAAACGAACUUCAUGCUGACCAAAUUAUCCAAGAGAUCCAAGUGACUUUGAACAAACACUUUGGAUCAAUUAUUACUACGAUCAAUAAUAUUAUUAAACAAGUUUCGGAACAAUUAAACGAGCUCUCGAAGCAAUACAUCGCAAUUAUUUCCAAACUUACUGAAGCAGUAAAAGCAAUAUACCCUCAAAUACAAGAAUCUUAUAAUAAAAUCUUCGAAGCAUGCAUGAAUGUGUUAGAUGCAACUGCUAAUUUAGCUAUAACUUAUUUAAAAGCUGCCUUAAAUAUUAUUAAUAAUCACCAAAAAGAAAUAAAAGAAUUGGCUGUUAUUGGAAUGGAACUUGUUAAAGACAUUGGCAAAAUAAUAUUCAAAGCAGUUGAUCAAAUCAAGAAGGAUGUUAAUGAAUUUAUAACUUUGCUCAUUAACCAAGCAAAGGCUUUACCCGUUUAUGAAAUUGUAAAAGAAAAAUAUAAUAAGAUUGUAAACUUCGAAAUACCGGAGGCACUUACAAGCCCUGUUGAAGAACUUUGCAAAAUAAUAAAGACGAUGUUACCAACGAAAGAAUUACAAGAUUUCUUUGGUUCAGUAUGCGAUUACAUAAUGACGAUUAUCAAACGACAAAAUCCUGACAAUACUGCUCAACUUAAUACAAUUUACACAAAAGGUGUUAAUGCACUUAAAUCUUUAAUCGAUCUGUUGGAGACCCAUUCGCUCUUGAAUAAUUUUCAAAAUAUUUUCAAUAUGAAAACACCAACCGACUUUAGUAUUUUAACUAAAUUACCUGGUAUUUCUACGUUGAGAGUUUCAGUCUUGAAUCUUUUACGCAACGCCGAAUUACCAACACCUCUUGAUAUUUACUACACAUACGGGCCUACUCUGCAUCUAACCAACAUCGUGCCACCAUUCAGCAAGACAGGAACUAUCAUUGAUGGAGGACACAUUUUUACAUUCGAUGGAAAUCAUUUCACAUUGCCUGGAACAUGCAACUAUAUUUUAGUACAGGACAUGCAAGAUGGAAAUUUCUCUAUUAUCGCGAACUUACAAAAUGGAGUUCUAGUCAGUGUAACUAUUACCGAACCCAAAGAAAGUAUCACACUAAAGAACAAUGGAAACAUCUUAGUAAAUAACAAACCAGCGGAUUAUCCUGCCAGUACAAAAAAUCUACAGGCCUUCCUAACUAUACCAACAAUAAAUGUAAAAUCUGCUUAUGGUGUACACGUAAUUUGUAGUAGAAAAGCACCUAUGAUGUGUAUAGUUCGAGUCUCUGGCUUUUACUUUAGCAAAUUACGUGGGCUUCUUGGUGAUGGCAACAACGAACCAUAUGAUGAUUAUACUUUGCCAUCUGGAAAGAUUAUUGAAGAUCCAACUGAAUUCGGAAAUGCUUAUAAGUUGAAAGGAGAUUGUCCAGCAGCUACUGUUGUUAAAACUAGCGCACACGCUCCAAUUUGUUCCGAAUACUUCGCUAGUUCUUCUUCACCAUUAAGUUCCUGCUUCAAAUACGUUAAUGCGAAACACUACCAGGAUGCUUGUGAUCAGGCCGUUAGUGUCGGCGCUUCUGAGAAAGUAACUUGUUCGAUUGCAUUUGCGUACUACGCUGCUUGUUAUGAACGUGAUGUCUUUAGCAUAAGCAUUCCUCCUGUUUGCGUAAACUGCAAAGAUGGCACAAAUUCAAUUGCUGUUGGUGAUUCCUUCAAGGUUAAAAUACCGAAGAAAGAAGCCGAUAUUAUCUUUAUAGUAGAAGAGGAUAUGCAAAAUGAGAAAAUUUUCAAGGAUAUGAUCGCACCACUUAUGACAGAAUUGAGAGAAGAGUUAAAACAACAAGGCAUAACCGACACUCAUAUUGGUCUCGUUGGCUUUGGCGAACACAUGAACUGGCCACAACAUUACACAACCGAUGGCAGCACAAACAUCGUGGGUGACGUAAAGAAUAUUAAAUUCGAAGGAAAAAAUCCAAUUCUAAACCUACGAGAUGCUAUUAAAGGAGACAUAGAAACAAAAUUGAAAUAUCUUAAGCAAAGAUAUGACGUUGAAUUUGGUACUUUCAAAUUAACCGAUGCUUACGAACAAGCAAUAAAUUAUCCAUUCAGAACAGGAGCAGCUAAAGCUGUUGUCGGUGUUAUCGUUAGUCCAUGCGAAAAGAGUCCUUUACCUAUUUCAUUACAGCAAUUGCGCUUACUUCUUGGACAAACGAUAUAUCGUAAUCUCGGAUUGUCAUACUACCAUGUAUGGUUCUCGAAUGACACUCUGGUUUAUGGAAAACCACAGAAGAAUAUUGUUGCUUAUGAUUGUGACAGUGUUUAUACAUUCUCUGACAGCAAAAAGAAACCAUUAGAAGGAAGUAACGAACUUAGAAAUAACAUGAUUCUAUCAACCAGUGACGUCUGUGCUGACUUUGCUAUAUCUUCUGGUGGAGCAGCAUUUAGUUCGAACAAUUUCUUGGAAGCGAAACCUAAUCAAAAGAAACAAUUCGUUCAAGUAGCCGCCCGAAAAAUUAUUAGUGGACUUGUUAAUACCGAAUUUGAAGAGGAAUGCGUAUGUAAACAAAGCCACGGAUUAUUUGCUAAACCGUAUUGCAAAAUUGUAAACAAGAGAGAGAAAGAACCUCUGACGAGGCACACUAAGGGUGGAGUUAAGGGCUAGAGUCGUCUCGUAAUAGUAGAGACUAUUAUUAUUAAAUAAUCAAAAUGUAUUUGCUUAUUAAGCUAUUACUAAUGUAUUUAGUAAUAUGUAAAAUUGUCAUUUAAGAUUCACUCUUAUUUUAUAUAAAAUGUCGAAGCACCAUGAAAACAUAAAUAACAUAAUAAAUUCGAUAUUAUAAUUGUUAAA